GACGUGCAUAAUGAGUUUGUCGUGCAUCGACGAGUCGCUGUUAUCAAUAAUAACUUUUAAGUAAUUAACAUUAACAUGCUGUAAUCGUAAUUUUAUAUUCAUUACUUUCAAUAUUGCUUUCUCUUUUUUCCGCUUUUGCUGAUUUAGAGAAGUGUAAUAUCCCUUUCGUGGUAUUCUCGUUUUCUUGUGAUUUCUCGUUCGUGUUGGUCGAUUGAACAUGAGUAACGCUCCUGAAAAAGAUCUGACCAGUCUGGAGCAGCAAUUGGCUACUCCAGACUUGCAAAGUACAAAUGCAAAAAAACAAGGUUCUACUUCUGUCCUCAAAAGUAAGAAAACGGAAACUAAAAAAAAUGAAAAAGCCCCAAAACUGCAAAAGUCUGUUGAAGACAAUAGUAAACAACAAGGAAAGUUUGUGGAAUUACCGGGAGCUGAAAUGGGAAAAGUUGUUGUUAGAUUUCCUCCAGAAGCAAGCGGAUAUUUGCAUAUUGGGCAUGCAAAAGCUGCUCUAUUAAAUCAACACUAUCAGUUGGCUUUUAAUGGCCGUCUUAUAAUGCGUUUUGAUGAUACAAAUCCAGCAAAGGAGAAGGAAGAUUUUGAGAAGGUUAUAUUAGAAGACGUUGAUAUGUUAAAAAUUAAACCCGAUAUUUUUACAUAUACUUCUGAUCAUUUUGAGAAAAUGUUGGAUAUAUGUGAGAAUGGAAUGUUGAAAGAAGGCUUAGCUUAUGUGGAUGACACGGAUGGAGAUAAAAUACGUUUGGAACGCGAGCAAAGAAUAGAUUCAAUAAAUCGAAACAACUCAAUUGAGAAGAACCUAGAACUGUGGAAACAAAUGGUUUUAGGUACAGAAAUCGGUCUUAAGUGUUGUGUUCGGGCUAAAAUUGAUAUGCAAUCUGCAAAUGGAUGUUUGCGAGAUCCAACAAUAUACCGUUGCAAGCCUGAACACCAUCCUAGAACUGGUGAUAAGUAUAAGGUAUAUCCAACUUAUGACUUUGCUUGUCCUAUUGUGGAUAGUUUUGAAGGUGUUACUCAUUGUUUACGUACCACAGAGUAUACUGAUCGUGAUGCUCAAUAUUAUUGGUUUUGUGAUGCAUUAAAGCUUGGUACUCGCAGCAAUGAAACCAGACCUUAUGUGUGGUCGUAUUCAAGAUUAAAUAUGACUAAUACUGUUCUGUCGAAAAGAAAGUUAACUUGGUUUGUGGAACAAGGCCACGUAGAUGGAUGGGAUGAUCCACGAAUGCCGACUGUCCGUGGUGUCUUCAGGAGAGGAAUGCAGGUGGAAGCAUUGAAACAAUUCAUAGUGGCCCAAGGAUCUUCCAGAACUGUUACAGCUAUGCAAUGGGAUAAAAUUUGGUCAUUGAAUCGCAGUAUCGUUGAUUCGAUAGCACCAAGGCAUACUGCUUUGUUGUUAUCCAAUUCAAAUAAAGAAAAUGUAGUAUUAUCUUAUCCACCAGUUGAAGUUGUUGUAGAGAAUGUUGAAAAACCAUAUAAAAUUGACAAUGUCCCUAAACAUCCUAAAAAUUCUCAAUUAGGACUAAAGAAUUGUGUCUGGGCCGCACCUAAAAUUCUUAUAGAUUAUAGUGAUGCAGAGUUAUUAGAAGCUGGACGACGAGCAACAUUUAUUAACUGGGGAAAUCUCCUGAUAAACCGUAUAGAAAGGAACCAAAAUAAUAAUAAAAUAGAGAGAAUUCAUGCAGUGUCUGAUCUUGAAAACACAGAUUUUAAAUCUACAGUCAAAGUUACGUGGUUACCAAAAACAGAUUAUUCAGAAUCUGAAGAAGUUUUGCCUAUUCUGGUACCAGUUGUUUGUGUUUAUUUUGAUCACUUAAUUAGUAAAGCAGUAUUAGCCAAAGAUGAUGAUUUCAAGCAAUACUUAAAUACAGAAAAUAGUCGUUGGGAAUUACAAAUGAUAGGUGAUUCAGAGUUGAAAGAUUUAAAGAAGGGAGAUGUGAUUCAGUUACAACGUAGAGGUUAUUUUAUAUGUGAUUCAACGUACCAGCCAUACAGCAUUCACACGGGAAAAGAAACGCCACUAGUGUUGUUUAACAUACCUGAUGGUCACACAAAAUCAGCAACUCCAAUAACACCCGUUCCUUUACCAAUCACCACAAGUAAUAUUAAGAAAAAUACAAACAAGGACAUUGACACUGUAAUCAGCCAGAUAAAUGAUCAAGCUAAUAAAAUAAACGUCUUGACGGCUGACUUAGAAGAAGCUGGAAAAGUCUUACAUGCAUUAAAAGCAGAAUAUAAGGCUUGCACAGGGAUUGACUUUCCUGCUACAGGAAUUUCCACACCACAGACAGUUAGUAACUCUGUUUCUGGACAAAGUAAUCCAUCUGCAGAUGCAAUAGUCUUAAAAAUUAAUGAACAAGGAGACAUAGUACGAUCAAUGAAAAAUAAUAAAGCUUCUAAGGCAGACAUUGCAGAAGCUGUCAAAGUCUUACUUGCUUUGAAAGCACAGUAUAAAAGUAUUGCUGGAGUUGAUUUUCCUGCAGGUGGUAUUCCCACACCAAAGCUAGUCAGUAACGCUAGUUGUGAUAAAAGUAAACCUUCUGUAGAUUCUAUAGUUGUGAAAAUUAAUGAACAAGGAGAUAAAGUGCGAUCAAUGAAAAACAAUAAAGCUUCUAAAGCAGACAUCGGGGAAGCUGUCAAAGUCUUACUUGCUUUGAAAGCAGAGUAUAAAAGUAUUGCUGGAGUUGAUUUUCCUGCGGGUGGUAUUCCCACACCACAGCUAGUCAGUAAUGCCAAUUCUGAUCAAAGUAAACCUUCAGUAGAUUCUAUAGUUGUGAAAAUUAAUGAACAAGGAGAUAAAGUGCGAUCAAUGAAAAACAGUAAAGCUUCUAAAGCAGACAUUGGGGAAGCUGUCAAAGUCUUACUUGCUUUGAAAGCAGAGUAUAAAAGUAUUGCUGGAGUUGAUUUUCCUGCGGGUGGUAUUCCCACACCACAGCUAGUCAGUAAUGCCAAUUCUGAUCAAAGUAAACCUUCAGUAGAUUCUAUAGUUGUGAAAAUUAAUGAACAGGGAGAUAAAGUGCGAUCAAUGAAAAACAGUAAAGCUUCUAAAGCAGACAUCGGGGAAGCUGUCAAAGUCUUACUUGCUUUGAAAGCAGAGUAUAAAAGUAUUGCUGGAGUUGAUUUUCCUGCGGGUGGUAUUCCCACACCACAGCUAGUCAGUAAUGCCAAUUCUAAUCAAAGUAAACCUUUAGUAGAUUCUAUAGUUGUGAAAAUUAAUGAACAAGGAGAUAAAGUGCGAUCAAUGAAAAACAGUAAAGCUUCUAAAGCAGACAUCGGGGAAGCUGUCAAAGUCUUACUUGCUUUGAAAGCAGAGUAUAAAAGUAUUGCUGGGGUUGAUUUUCCUGCAAGUGGAAUUCCCACACCACAACAAGCAGAUAAAUGUAACUCCGAGUUAAGUAAACCUUCUUCUGCUGAUGCAGUAGUACAGCAUAUAAAUGAACAAGGUGAAAAAACAAUGUUGACGAAAAACAGUAAUACUUCCAAAGAUAAAAAAUCGAAGAAAAAAGAGAAUCUUGCUGUGGCCACUACUAAAACAUCUGAUAGUACAAACACCAAAAAAGUAACAAAAUUAGGGUUGGAAGUAUUAAAGGUAUCCGAAAAUCUUGGAGAAUGGUAUUCUCAGGUAUUGGUUAAAGGCGAAAUGAUUGAAUAUUAUGAUGUAAGUGGAUGUUACGUGCUCAGGCCUUGGGCUUACAGAAUAUGGGAAUUAAUACAAGAAUGGUUCGAUGCACGAAUUAAGAGAAAGCCUCUUAAUAUACGGAAUUGUUAUUUCCCAAUGUUUGUAUCACAAGGAGCAUUAGAAAGAGAAAAAGAACAUAUUGCAGAUUUUGCACCAGAGGUAGCUUGGGUUACCAAAUCUGGUGAAACGGAUUUAGCUGAACCUAUUGCUAUAAGACCAACUAGUGAGACUGGGAUGUAUCCAGCUUUUGCGAAAUGGAUUCAGUCGUACAGAGACUUGCCAUUGAAACUCAAUCAAUGGAACAGCGUUGUGAGGUGGGAAUUCAAACACCCUCAACCCUUCUUGAGAACUAGAGAGUUUUUGUGGCAAGAGGGUCAUAAUGCGUAUGCAACUAGAGAAGAAGCAGAACGUGAUGUAUUAAUAACAUUAGGUUAUUAUGAGUAUGUCUACAAAAAUAUGCUAGCAGUACCAGUGAUAAAAGGUAAAAAAACUGAAAAAGAAAAGUUUGCUGGAGGAAUAUUUACUACUACUUGUGAAGCAUAUGUAGCAUCUAGUGGUCGCGCAAUUCAAGGUGCCACCUCACAUUAUCUGGGUACCAAUUUUGCUAAAAUGUUUGAUGUUCAUUUUGAACAUCCAGACACACACGAGAAAUCAUUUGUUCAUCAAAUUUCAUUUGGAAUGACAACUAGAACUAUUGGUGUUAUGGUAAUGGUUCAUGGUGAUGACCGUGGGCUGGUUUUACCUCCACGCAUAGCAUCUAUUCAAGUAAUUAUUGUACCAUGUGGUGUAGGCGUUAGCACAGCAAACGAAGUCAAAGAUAAUUUGAUUAGAACUUGUUUAGAUGUAUGUAACAGAUUAAAAGGAGAUAGUCUGAUAGAAACUGAUGAUGAAAAUGACAAUAGUGUUAUCCAACAUCGUAAUUCUUCCUUAAUGAUAAGAGCAGAUACCGACUUGCGAGAUAAUUAUUCACCUGGAUGGAAGUUCAACCACUGGGAGUUGAAGGGGGUUCCGUUGAGGUUAGAAAUUGGACCAAAAGAUUUGGAUCGAAACCAAAUGGUAGCUGUGCGGCGAGAUAAUGGAGAUAAACUAACUAUUCCCUUAGAGGGACGUCCAAAUGAUGGUGGAAACGACAAGAUGGUUGUAAGAAUAACCGAGCUGUUGAAUCAAAUACAACAAGAUAUGUACAAUAAAGCAGAACAAGAAAUGAAAGAAAAUGUUGUGAUAUGCCGUAAAUGGUCAGAGUGUGCUGCGCAGUUAGCAGCAAAACAUUUAUUAUUGAUACCGUUUUGUGGACGUCCUAUUUGCGAGGAUAACAUCAAACGGGAUACCACAUUGGACGAUGGUACUGCGGAUGUUGGAGCUUCGACAAUGGGAGCAAAGUCGUUAUGUGUGCCAUUUGAACAGCCCAAGGGAGCAGAUAUAUUGAAAUCCAAUGACCACUGUAUACAUCCAGAAUGUGGGCAGCCAGCUGGGUCUUUCACUCUAUUUGGCCGCAGUUAUUAAAUUAAGAUGUUCGCUAAAUGAAACUAAAUAUUUUUUGCUUUUAUAAUUAAAACACAUUGUUCAUAAUUAAAUACAAUACCAUCGUUUGUAAAUUGUUUUUGUAAUCAAACAUUUUUUUUACCAUAAAUCAUGGUUUCGUAAUUCAAGUAUUACGCCUUAUUGAAGAAGUUAACAGUAAAAAUACAUAUUAUAAAAAUUGUA